AUGUUGGAAGCCAGACUCGACCAGGCCGAUAUCCUGAAGAAGGUUGUCGAUGCCAUCAAGGAUCUCGUUCAGGACUGCAACUUCGACUGCAAUGACUCCGGCAUCAUGCUUCAGGCCAUGGACAACUCCCACGUUGCUUUGGUCUCCAUGGCUCUCAAGGCCGAGGCUUUUUCUCCCUUCCGCUGCGACCGCAACAUUGCGCUCGGCGUCAACCUUGGCUCCUUGACCAAGGUCCUCCGCGCAGCCCAAGGCGACGACAUCCUGACGCUCAAGGCUGAGGAUGCCCCCGACAGCCUGAACAUCCUCUUCGAGAGCUCAGCCAACGACCGUAUCAGCGAGUACGACCUCAAGUUGAUGGACAUUGACCAGGAGCACCUGGGUAUUCCCGAGACGGACUACGCCUCCACUAUCACCAUGCCGAGCAGCGAGUUCAGACGCAUCUGCGCGGACUUGAUCGCAAUGAGCGAGUCGGUUACGAUCGACGCGAGCAAGGACGGUGUCAAAUUCGCUGCCAGCGGUGACAUUGGCAAUGGAUCCGUCACCCUGCGAAGCCACACCAACGUGGACAAGCCCGAAAACAACGUCGACAUUGAGCUUUCUGAGCCCGUCUCCCUGACCUUCUCUCUCAAGUACCUCGUCAACUUCUGCAAGGCCGCCGCAAUUUCCAAGCAAGUCAAGAUCUGCCUCUCGAACGAGGUACCGCUGCUUGUCGAGUACGCUCUGGCGGGCUCCAGCUACCUGCGCUUCUACCUGGCGCCGAAGAUUGGUGAUGAGGAGUAA